UGUCUUCAUCUGUCAGCAGGAAGCAGGGGGGAAAAGCACCAGAGCAGGAAGGGGAGAAAAGGAGGGAGAAACGAGAGCAGGAAGGGGAGGAAAAGAGGAACAGAGAGAGGGAGGGGUAAGGAGGCUGCAUUUAGCAGUGAGGUGCAGAGCGGCUGAUCAUCACCGUGCCAGAGGCUUCCAAUGUCCUCCUCAACCACCACCAGCUCUUUGCCCAGCGGCCUGGCGGUCCUGAGGACCUUCCCAGAUGUGCUCUUCAUCCCUGAAAUCAUCUUUGGGGGUCUUGUGUGGAUCCUGGUGGCAUCCUCGAAGGUCCCACACCCCAUGCUGCAGGGCUGGGUGAUGUUUGUCUCCGUGUUCUGCUUCGUCAUGUCCAUCUCCCUCCUGUGCCUCUACUUCUGCGGGGUUCACGGCGGCGGCAGCAGCUGUUGGGUCACCUUGGAUGUCAUCUGCCAGGAGACAGCAGCGCUGUUCUACCUCAGCGCCGCGGUGCUGGAAGCCUUCCUGACCUACACUCUUGGCCAGAGCCCCUUGUCAGACAAGGAGUACAGGGAGAACAUUGCUGCUGUGGUAUUUGCAUUCGUGGCCACCCUGGUUUAUGUGAUCCACAAGGUGUUCUCACUCCUGAGAUGGAAAUCAUCCUGAGAGCCUGAACAACCCCAGGAACAAUGACUGCCAUCUCCAGGCUGGGUGUGGGUUUUGUUUUUUAAAGUAUAUCCUAUAAACAAGCAGCUUUUUAUGUGGGAUCUUGGUGACAAAGACAAGGAGCCUGCCAGAUAAAGAAAUAUCCUGGCACAAUCUGUUUCCCUUCAGUCUCUUACAGGCUGGGUACAGUUUGAUGCUGGGGCCCAAAUGAAAAAAAACCAUCCAUCUUUAAAAACAUAGUAUAGUGGGGUUCAAAGGGCUAAAAUCUCCCUGGACUGUACCUUUAUGUGUCCAGAGUUGUUACUGGUAUCAGGGGAAACGUGAACAACCAGCACUAAGGAGCACGAGAGUGGAACUGUGUCAUUUGCCCAUUUCAGGCUGUUUCCCUCCCUAGACCCACUGUACAAAUUAAUAUUCUCAUGCAGUUUCUGAAAAUGCCUUCUCUGACUUGCGAUGGGCAGUGGGGACAAUAUUUAACUCGGCUCAGGAGCAAUGUGGAUCAUCGCAGCUCCUGAAGGGCACUGCUCAAUUCUGAGGCACAACCACAAUGCCAGGAAUUACCACUUCCUUUGGUCCCCCCCAAAACAUGGCCUGGAAGGGGUGCAGGCUGCAGGAGAAUUCUAUGGGUGAUCAGAAUCGAAUCCUCAAUGAGCAGAGGCAAUCAGCUCCUGCUUUUGGUGAAUGGCUACUCUCUCAUACACUUCCAUGGUGUCACUAAUAAAGAUGGGUUUGCUGUGACUUUGA